AAUUCAUGUGUAAAUAAAGUCAACAUUGUAACGCAUACGAUGUAUGCUGUACAGUAUGUGUGUUACACAUCCACAGUGUACAGCACAGAGAGAGCUACUUUUUUGCACUUUCACUACAUUUAAUAUGCUGUGUAAGCAGUUUUAAUUUUGUCUUUAUGAUCUACAUUGCACCUCCAUGCUUCCUUGCUCUGUUAACAGUACCACUACUAGCUGUGCCUUGAACGUUGCUGUUUGGCACACAUCCAUGAGAAGAUAAGGGGUAAUUUCAGACCGUUUGACUUGAGACUUUGAGGAGCUCUCGCUGCACUUGGAGGUCUGAAUAAUGGAGGAACUGGAAGUUGCAGGGGAUGAGAUGGUGUCUUUGACCCAUGCAGAGCGCAAGGCAGAUGAUACAACAUGUUUCGUCGUUGUGGCUGCAAUCAUGUCUGCAUUGGGAGGUAUCCUCUUUGGCUAUGAUAUAGGUAUUGUGUCUGGUGCCCUUCUUCAGUUAAGAGAGGAAUUUGAGUUGUCCUGUCUACAACAAGAAAUGGUCGUCAGUUCUCUUUUGGUGGGUGCUCUCAUUGGAGCCUUAUUUGGAGGGUUUCUAGUGGACUGGAUCGGGCGUCGUUGGUCCAUCAUUAUAAAUACUGGAAUCUUCAUAACUGGGGCAGUCAUACUAACCUGUGCUCCUAUCUAUGAAAUACUUAUUCUCGGUCGCUUGAUCGUUGGAUUUGCUGUUUCAUUGUCGGCCAUAGCAGAAUGCAUCUACAUCUCAGAAAUCUCCCCAUCGACAAAGCGAGGUCAGUUAGUGUGUGUGAAUGAAGUUGGAAUUACCCUAGGUAUCCUCGUAGCGUAUCUUGUCAACUUCUUCUUAAUAUCAGUGCCAUCAGGAUGGCGGUAUAUGUUUGGUCUAUCAAUAUUGCCAGCUGUUAUCCAAGGGGUUGGAAUGUUCUUACUCCCUCCGAGCCCACGGUUCCUGAUGCAGAAAGGGAAAGAGUCACAGGCGAGAACGGUUUUGCAGAAACUCAGAGGCACUGAGCUCAUCGAGGGGGAACUGAGUGUCAUUAGAAACUCAUUACUCACAGAACUGGACUACAGAGUGUGGGAUGUUCUGAGUACCGUGAACAACAUGAGAGGGCGCUUUCUUAUUGGUGCUGGACUAGUUUUUUUUCAGCAGUUCACUGGCCAGACCAAUGUGUUAUACUAUGCACCAACAAUCUUCAAAUCUCUCGGUUUUGAGAGUAACACUGCUGCUACUUUAGCAACAGUUGGACUUGGAAUAGUUAAGGUGGUGACGACAUUUAUGUGUCUUUGUUUUGUGGACAAGGCAGGAAGACGCCAUUUUCUCCUGGUUGGAGCUGGAAUCAUGACUGUCAUUAUAUUCACUCUUGGUAUUGUCACCCAGGUCUCUCUCCCCUCUACGACUAAGAGGACCUGCUUUAUGAACCUCUCAGAGGAGAAUCUAACAACUGUUGUCAUGUCUCAAAUGCAAGAUACAUCCCGUCUGGACAGAUCGGUAAACCAAAUGGACCUCAGUUUGCUGAGAAUUCCUGACUCGGUAGUAAAGGAAAUGUCUAGAAGCUCACCAGAACUCCUAAGCAUUGUUGGAUCAAUAAGCAAAGGUUAUUUUAAAGAGACAAGAAGAGACAGAGUUAAACGGGAGGCAAUUCAAGAGUCCACAUCCAGUAGUACAAAAGUGACCUUAUCAUUGAUGGAUCCUGGAGUUCAAAGGUCAACAUCAAGUAGUACAAAAGUGACCUUAUCACCGUUGGUAACAGGAGGGGGACUUUUGACAGGGAUGACUGUACCUGAGCAACCAAGCUGGACUAAGAAAGGAAAUCUCUAUACAACUGCUGCUUUAAGCCAAGUCAGUGAUAGAACUUCACCACAUGAAUCUGGCAGUGCAUUAAUGACAACAUUAAAGCCCGAGUCUACAAGUACUGGUGGUGUGUCUAUGGAGGAUGGACCUGGAUUGGCGCAGAUAGUUGCAGUUAUCUCAUUGACCUUGUAUGUCGGAGCAUAUUCAUAUGGAUUUGGACCAGUCGGCUGGCUGGUUUUAAGUGAAAUCUUCCCUGCUGGUAUACGGGGUCGUGCGAGUUCCCUGGCAUCCAUUUUUAACUGGGGCACCAACGUUGUCGUCUCACUAACAUUCCUGGAUGUUAUAAAUGGUAUUGGCCCAUCCUGGACCUUCCUAUUAUAUGGUGCAAUAUGUGCAGUUUCCUUCAUCUUUAUUUACCUCAUCGUCCCAGAGACCAAAAACAGAUCUUUAGAGCAGAUAUCAGCCGAGCUCAACAAAAAGUCCCACAUGACAGGGCUUUCUGGACACAGCUGUUUUAAACGGCUUGGUUCAUGUUUACAGUGUUGCCAUGAGAACACACAUCAGAGACUACCACACUCAGACUCCUUUACAGAUGUUAACAUCGGAGUGGAUGAAGGAGUGUGUGAGAAUACCACAGAAAACUGACGCACUGGAAGGUAGAAAGUCAAGGUUCUCUUUGCUCUUCAAGAAAAACAGCUUUAAUAAGGGAAUAAAAGGGUAGCGACGAGUUCUUAAACUGC